CGAUCGCCAUGCCGGUUUUCCACACGAGGACGAUCGAAAGUAUCCUGGAGCCGGUGGCCCAGCAGAUAUCCCAUCUGGUGAUCAUGCAUGAGGAGGGCGAAGUGGACGGCAAGGCGAUCCCAGACUUGACGGCACCGGUGGCGGCCGUGCAGGCGGCUGUGAGCAACCUGGUCCGGGUGGGGAAGGACACUGUUCAAACCACAGAGGAUCAGAUCAUGAAAAGGGACAUGCCACCAGCGUUCAUCAAAGUGGAGAACGCGUGCACAAAGCUGGUCAAAGCCGCCUCCAUGCUGAAAGCCGACCCAUACUCGGUGCCUGCUCGGGACUACCUCAUCGAUGGCUCUCGGGGGAUCCUCUCUGGGACUUCAGACCUGCUCCUGACCUUUGACGAGGCAGAGGUCCGCAAAAUAAUCAGAGUCUGCAAAGGCAUCCUGGAGUACCUGACUGUCGCAGAGGUGGUGGAGUCCAUGGAGGACCUGAUCACGUACACAAAGAACCUGGGACCAGGUAUGACCAAGAUGGCCAAGAUGAUCGACGAGCGACAACAGGAGCUGACUCACCAGGAGCACCGCGUCAUGCUGGUCAACUCCAUGAACACGGUCAAGGAGCUACUGCCCAUCCUCAUCUCAGGUAUCAAAAUCUUCGUGACCACAAAGACGUCCGGCAGCCAGGGCGUGGAGGAGGCCUUGAAAAACCGCAACUUCACCUUCGAGAAGAUGAGCGCGGAGAUCAACGAGAUUAUUCGAGUGCUGCAGCUCACGUCCUGGGAUGAGGACGCCUGGGCCAACAAGGACACAGAGGCCAUGAAGAGAGCUCUGGGCCUCAUCGAUUCAAAGAUGGCUCAGGCGAAGAACUGGCUGCGGGAUCCAAAUGCUCCACCGGGGGACGCAGGCGAACAGGCCAUCCGACAGAUCCUCGACGAAGCUGGUAAAGUCGGGGAAUUGUGUGCCGGUCGGGAGCGCAGAGAUAUUCUGGCCACGGCCAAGACCCUGGGUCAGAUGACAGACCAAGUGUCUGAAAUGAGGGCCAGAGGUCAGGGGGCGUCCCCGGCCGCCAUGCAGAAAGCCCAGCAGGUUUCCCAAGGCCUCGACGUCCUCACUGGCAAGGUGGAAAAUGCUGCUCGCAAGCUGGAAGCCAUGACUAACUCCAAGCAAGCCAUCGCCAAGAGAAUUGACGCGGCACAGAACUGGCUGGCUGAUCCCAACGCAGGUCCAGAGGGAGAGGAGAACGUAAAGGCUCUCCUCAUGGAGGCCAAGAAGAUCGCCGACAUGUGCGAGGACCCCAAAGAAAGGGAUGACAUCCUGCGGUCGAUUGCUGAGAUUGCAGCCAUGACUGCCAAGUUGUCUGAUCUCAGAAGACAGGGCAAAGGCGACACCCCCGAAGCCAGGACUUUAGCUAAACAGAUUGCGACAGCCCUGCAGAACCUCCAAUCCAAGACCAACAAAGCCGUGGCCAACAGCAGGCCCGCCAAAGCAGACGUUCACUUAGAAGGAAAGAUUGAGCAGGCUCAGCGAUGGAUCGACAAUCCCACCGUGGACGACAACGGCGUGGGCCAGGCAGCCAUCCGUGGGCUGGUGGCUGAGGGCCGUAGGCUAGCCAAUGCCCUGCCAGGCCCGUACAGGCAGGAGCUUUUGGGCAAAUGUGAGCAGGUGGAGCAGCUCAUGGCACAACUGGUCGACUUGGCAGCCCGUGGCGAGGGCGACUCCCCUCAGGCUCGCUCCGUGGCUCAUCAGCUACAGGAGGCCUUGAAGGACCUUAAAGGGAAAAUGCAAGAAGCGAUGACUCAGGAAGUUUCCGACAUUUUCAGCGACACCACCACCCCUAUUAAGCUGCUGGCAGUGGCUGCGACCGCCCCCCUGGAUGCGCCCAACAGGGAUGAGGUCUUUGAGGAAAGGGCCGCCAACUUUGAGAACCACGCCAACAGGCUUGGCGCCACCGCAGAGAAGGCGGCCGCCGUGGGCACUGCCAACAAAAGCACGGUGGAGGGAAUCCAGGCGGCCGUCAAGUCGACGAGAGACUUGACGCCACAGGUGGUUUCUGCCGCCCGAAUCCUCCUGAGAAACCCCGGCAACCAGGCUGCGUACGAACAUUUUGAGACCAUGAAGAAUCAGUGGAUUGACAACGUGGAGAAAAUGACAGGUCUGGUGGAUGAAGCCAUUGAUACCAAGUCCCUACUGGACGCCUCUGAGGAAGCCAUCAAGAAGGACUUGGACAAAUGCCGCGUGGCCAUGGCCAACCACCAGCCCCAGAUGCUGGUCGCCGGCGCCACCAGCAUUGCCCGGCGAGCCAACCGCAUCCUCCUCGUGGCCAAGCGGGAGGUGGAGAACUCUGAGGAUCCCAAAUUCAGGGAGGUGGUGAAGGCCGCGUCGGACGAGUUGAGCCAGACGAUCUCGCCGAUGGUGAUGGACGCCAAAGCUGUGGCCGGGAACAUCCAGGAUCCAAAUCUUCAAAAAGGCUUCCUGGACUCUGGUUAUAAGAUUCUUGGUGCUGUAGCUAAAGUCAGGGAGGCGUUCCAGCCUCAGGAGCCAGACUUCCCACCACCUCCUCCUGAUUUAGACCAACUUAACCUUAACGAUGAACCAGCUCCACCCAAACCCCCUCUUCCCGAAGGCGAGGUUCCUCCUCCUAGGCCUCCUCCUCCAGAGGAAAAAGAUGAGGAGUUCCCUGAGCAGAAGGCCGGCGACAUGGUCAACGAGCCCAUGAUGGUGGCAGCCAGGCAGCUCCACGAUGAGGCCCGCAAGUGGUCCAGCAAGGGUAAUGACAUCAUUGGGGCGGCCAAGCGGAUGGCCUUGCUCAUGGCCGAGAUGUCUCGGUUGGUUCGCGGCGGCAGCGGGAACAAGCGCGCCCUCAUCCAGUGCGCCAAGGACAUCGCCAAGGCUUCUGACGAAGUCACGCGGCUGGCAAAGGAGGUGGCCAAGCAGUGCACGGACAAGCGGAUCCGGACAAACCUCCUCCAGGUGUGUGAGCGCAUUCCCACCAUCAGCACCCAGCUCAAGAUCCUGUCCACAGUCAAGGCCACCAUGUUGGGUCGCACGAACAUCAGCGAAGAAGAGUCAGAACAGGCUACCGAGAUGCUGGUCCACAAUGCCCAGAACCUGAUGCAGUCUGUGAAGGAGACGGUCAGGGAGGCCGAGGCAGCGUCCAUCAAGAUCCGGACUGACGCUGGUUUCACCCUCCACUGGGUGCGGAAGACCCCCUGGUAUCAGUAAAGGCGAGGACCAACCGCUUUCUCUCCGCCACGCUGGCGCUGUCCACAUGCCGGACACUGAAUGGACAGCUGUUAAGUCUCACGUCUGUAAGAGUUGCUGUUCUGAAAAUGAAGCAGGUUUUGCGUUGGAUCCUUACUAGGAUCGUGUGUACAAAUGUGCGUAUUUGGACAAAUCCCGGGAAUAUAUAUAUAUAUUUUGAUUAAAGCUUGGAUUUCUUUUAGUUUUCAGUCCACAUUCAGUUCCUGGCAUUUUUACAUCUUUGUACUGAUAACUAGCUUACGUCACAAGACUAUUAUAGUACUACACAAGACUAUUAGAGACCUACACAAGACUAUUUUAGACACACGCAAGACUUAUAGACAAGACUAUUGUAGAUUUGCAUAUGAGUACUGCAGUCCUGCACAAGACUGUUAUAAAUGAGACUAUUCUAGACCUACACAAAACUUUUAUAGACAAGACUAUUGUAGAUUUGCAUAUGAGUACUGCAGUCCUGCACAAGACUGUUAUAAAUGAGACUAUUCUAGACCUACACAAAACUUUUAUAGACAAGACUAUUGUAGAUUUGCAUAUGAGUACUGCAGUCCUGCACAAGACUGUUAUAAAUGAGACGAUUCUAGACCUACACAAAACUUUUAUAGACAAGACUAUUGUAGACCUACACAAGACUUAUACAGGUAGAUGAGACCAUUGUAGGUGACACAUGACGAUUAUAGACAAGACUAUUGUAAACCUACACAAGACUUAUAGACAAGACUAUUGUAGAUUUGCAUGAGUACUGCAGUCCUGCACAAGACUGUUAUAAAUGAGACUAUUCUAGACCUACACAAAACUUUUAUAGACAAGACUAUUGUAGCCCUACACAAGACUAUUAUAGACCGACACUCGCUUAUGUCUGGUUACACUACUCUGUAUUAAAGAUAAACACUGUACUGUUUGUUACAUAGUGAUGCAAUUUUAGCUAAUUUCCUUUGCCAAAGACUUUUUUAGUUUUUUGCUGUGACGUUAGACAAAUAACGACAGUAGAGAGACAGCGUGCCCAUGCUGCAUUGAGAUUAAAAUCUGCCUUUUUCACCGAAGCAACCCCCCCCCCCCCAAAAAAAAAAAAAAAAAAAAACGUUGGAUGCAUUCAGAGCAAAGAAAAAGCAGUGUCAAUCAGUCAUUAUUUAAACUCUUGUUACAUACACACAUGCACUCUCUCUGAAGGUAAAUUGCACAACCAGUGUGCCUUUGCAAUUGAUACUUUUUUUUGCACAAGCAAAACAAAUGUAAACUUUCACCAGCCUCUCUAUGCAAAUUAUGUGUCAGAAUCAUACUGAAGUGAAGACGUUCCUCCAUGUUCACUAUUUUGUAAUAAAGCAUUUAUAGCACUUGA